AGCAUCUUAAUAGACAGAUCAUUAUAUAUUGUUCAUAAUUUAUUAUGAAGUUUAUCAUCCUUGUUCCAUAUCACCACGCCAGAUUUCUAGAAAAAAGGAAUUGUUUAAAAUGACCAUUGGCUUACUGGAGGAAACCUGCACCAGCCUGAACUUGAGAGCAACCAUUCAUUUGUUACAGGAAUGGUCCAGAUGUUGGAGUGUUACUUAUUUGGUGGUUCUUACUGAUGUGCUUGGACUGAUAAGCAUGUUUGAUUUGGACUGAGGACAGGACUACAGUGUGUCAAAGUAUGAGCUUUCCAUCAGAGAAGAAUUCUCUCUGAGAGAGUGGGAAGUUUGGACUGUGAAGAAUGCGAGACCUAACAGCUCAGGUAACGAGCAGUCUGCUGCAGUUUCCAGAGGUGACUGUUGAGGCGCUUGGGGAAGAUGAGAUCACCCUAGACUCUGGGCUGUGUGGGAAGUUUUCUGGAGGCAGAAGUGGGCUGGCGUGGCUGGCGUGUGGUCCUCAGCUGGAGGUGGUGAGCUCUGUGACAGGAGAGCGGCUCUCUGCGUAUCGUUUCAGCGGAGUCAAUGAGCAGCCUCCCACCGUUCGUGUGGUAAAGGAGUUUUCAUGGCAGAAGAGAACUGGACUCCUGGUUGGGUUGGAAGAAGCCGAGGGAAGUGUUCUGUGUCUGUACGACCUUGGAAUCUCCCGAGUGGUUAAAGCAGUUGUUCUUCCAGGCAGGGUAACUGCAAUAGAACCCAUAAGCAAUGAUGGAGGAGCCAGUGUGAGCACUCGGCACCUACACCAGAGUCUGCGAUGGCUUUUUGGAGUGGCAGCAGUGGCUACAGAUGUUGGUCAUGUACUUCUGGUUGAUCUUUGUUUGGAUGAUUUAUCUUGCAGUCAGAAUGAAGUAGAAGCAUCAGACCUAGAAGUUGUCACUAGAAUUCCUGCUGAAGUUCCACAAAGAAGAGAAGCUGUGACCAGAGAAGGGAGGCAUCUCUGUUUUCAAUUACGGAGUCCUUCAGGAAUAGCAGUGUCAAGCCUGAGCUACAUAAGCAGAAGCAAUCAGCUUGUUGUGGGUUUUUCCGAUGGUUACCUGUCAUUAUGGAACAUGAAAACAUUGAAGAGGGAGCACUACUCUCAGCUUGAAGGAGGAAGAAUUCCUAUCUAUGCCGUUACUUUUCAAGAGCCUGAGAAUGAUCCUCGCAAUUGUUGCUACUUGUGGGCUGUUCAGUCUACACAGCAAAGUGAAGGUGAUGUUGUGAGUUUACAUCUGUUGCAGUUAGCAUUUGGUGACAGGAAACGUCUGGCAUCUGGACAAGUCUUGUAUGAGGGUUUGGAGUACUGUGAUGAAAGGUACAGUUUAGAUCUCACUGGUGGGAUUUUUCCCUUGAGAGGGCAGACCAGCAAUACUAAAUUACUCAGCUGUCAGACCAUAGAAAAAUUUCGCAACCAUGUUGACAGAGAGGACAGCGUUAAUGAAGUAAUCUCUCCUGACACCAGUGUAUCAAUCUUCAGUUGGCAAGUGAAUACAUAUGGUCAGGGAAAACCAUCUACUUAUUUGGGCGUAUUUGACAUCAAUCGCUGGUAUCAUGCUCAAAUGCCAGACUCACUGAGGCCAGAAGAAUUCCUUCAUGAUUGCCCCUAUUUUGCAUUGUGGUCACUGGAUGCUGUAAUAAGCAUGACUUCUCCAAACCUCAUUUUGGAUAUUCUGGUACAUGAGCGGAGUUUAAGUCGGGGAGUUCCUCCUUCUUAUCCACCACCUGAGCAGUUUUUUAAUCCAAGCACCUAUAACUUUGAUGUUACGUGCUUGCUGAACUCAGGAGUCAUUCACAUGACUUGCACCGGCUUUCAGAAAGAGACCUUGAAGUUCUUGAAGAAAUCUGGUCCUUUAAUAAGUGAAGCCAUUCAUGACAGCUACACUAGGUGUCUUGUAGCUGGCUUGCUGUCUCCAAGACUGGUUGAUGUCCAGCCAUCCAGUUUGAGUUUUACAGACUUGACAAAUAAGCAGCUGGUAACUAGCCUCAUUUCUUUGUAUGCACAAGUGGUCAUCUGGUUCUGUCGAUCCAGUCUCCUUCCUGAGGGUUUAGAUGAUCAUAUGCAUUUGUCUAGACCUUUCUACAAUUAUCCUUUGAUUCAGAGCUACUAUACUGGUCACCGACAGAAACUUGAGCGUUUAUCAAGAGGAAAAUGGGAUUCUGACUGCUUGAUGAUUGAUGGAAUGGUUUCCCAGUUAGGAGACCAAGUGGAGAAGUUGUGGCAGAGAGAUGAAGGAGGAACUGGGAAAUACCCACCUGCUAGUUUACAUGCACUGCUGGAUCUCUAUUUGCUGGAAAGCGUUGAAGAAAGUGACAAACAUGCAAUUACAAUUUACUUGCUGUUGGAUAUCAUGCAUUCCUUUCCAAAUAGAACAGAAACUUCCAUCGACUCCUUUCCAACUGCCUUUGCUAUCCCUUGGGGUCUUGUUAAGCUAAUUCAAGGGUUUUGGCUUCUGGAUCACAAUGAUUAUGAAGAUUCACUGGCCCUGCUCUUCCACCCAGCUACAAUCAAAACUGUGCCGUGGCAACACAGGAGAAUUAUUCAGUCCCUGAUGUGCCAAGGAGAGCACAGGCGAGCCCUCAGGUACAUCCAGAUGAUGAAGCCAUCCAUGUCAAGCAGUAGCGAAGUGCGGCUUUUCCUCACUGUGCUGUUGUCCAAUAGGUGCAUGGUGGAGGCUUGGGGUCUGUUGCAGCAACAUACCACUAAAUUAAAUGUAGAAGAGCUGUUAAAGCACAUGUAUGAAAUCUGUCAGGAGAUGGGGCUAAUGGAGGAUUUACUGAAGCUGCCGUUCACAGACACUGAAAAAGAGUGUCUGGAGAAGUUUUUACAGACCAAUGCUGGUGUUCAGAAUCAUGAAUUCCUUCUAGUCCACCAUCUACAACGUGCCAACUAUAUCCCUGCACUACAACUGAAUCAGUCAAUGAAGGUUAAUCUUAUGAAUGAUCGUGAUCCUCGCUUGAAAGAAAGAGCAGUUGCCAGAAAUUCUCUGUUAGACCAAUAUGGCAAGAUCCUUCCUAGAGUUCAAAGGAAGCUGGCUGUAGAGAGAGCUAAGCCUUACCGUUUGCCUUCAUCGGUCUUAAGAGAAGUGUCAAGGCCAAAGCCAUUAUCAACAGUAACACGACAGGCUAAUGCAGGAAAUGUGCACACACGAGCAACUUUCAUCAGUAAAGUACUGUCCAAAAUUGGAGAAGUAUGGUUAGGAAAUGAACAAAAACCAAACAUUUCACAAUAUGAUAGUCCUAGAGCUGCAGAACCAGCAGUCAUUACACAUCCUCUCCCUGGUACAGAGUUGCCUGAUGCAUUUCUUGGGACACCUGUUACAAAGUUUUCUCAAAAAUGUUCCAGAUUGCUGGAUUUGGUGGUUCGUCCUGUUCCUUCCUGUUCUGCGGCACAGGGUGAAAGCUGGCAGACACCGUGCAGAGCUUCUACUUCUUUUGUGGCAUCCAGCCCACUGCAAUCAAGUACACAUCACUCCGUCUCUCAAAAGAAUUUUCCAAGAGCAUCAGAGCUGAAUUUACUGGAGACUCCUCUUGUGGUAAAGAGAGCUAAAGUUUUGGCCACAUCUUCUUCUGGGUUUCCUGGGUUUACUCCUCAGUCUAUUCUCAGGUCCAGCCUUCGCACUACACCCCUAGCAACUCCCUCUGCAUCUCCAGGACGAUCAGUCACUCCUCCACUACGAGCCAAGGAACCUAGAAUAACUUUCAGGGAAGAGAAUUCUAAUGCAAAAUGGACUGUUGGGGUAACAGAAGAUGAUAAAGCACUAUUUGGAGCUUCAUCUGAGCAUCAUGAUGACACGGUAGAGGAUGCUUGGUCUGAAAGUAGAGGUAAAACAACUCUGUUUACUCUGAGCAAUGCUGGGGACAGUCAUGCUGAAUUGCAGGAGACUUCAGAAAACAUAUCUGGAGGUAAUUUGGAAAAAAUGGAUGUCAGCAAAGAAAAUAGUGACUUCUCUGUCAGAUCAGACCAAACUACUUUGGAGUAUCAUGAUGCAAAAUCACCUGGUGAUUUUGAAGAUGAUGUCAUCUUUAUAGCUGCUAAACCAGCUAAUUCCUCCACUGAAGAAACUGCUGAUAUUCAAGAAUUGGAGAAGGAAGGAGACAGUGAAAUGACUGAAGAUAAACCUUUCCAGAUGGAUCAACCAGAUCCUUCGGAACCAAGAAAAGAAGAUGGAUUUGUGGAAGAAUCAAAUACUGAAUGUCUUACACUUCCCGAGGAUGAUAAAUUGAUGUUUAAAGCUGCUGAGGCCACUACUUUUGGGGCUACAAAUGAAGGUGAAACAAACUACCAGGAGUCUGAAAUGACCUCUUCAUCAGAAGAAAAAGCCAUACCAGUUGCAGCAAAUCCACAGCUCUCUGAGUUCCUGGAGACAGACAGUGAAUCUGUGAUAAGUAUCCUUGACAGUGAGGAUGUGGUCAGUACACAUUCAGAAAAUCGCCUUGAGGGGAAGUGUGUGGAUUUACCUGAAGAAUGUAACCCUGAAGCAGCUGAAGUUGAAAAAGUCCCUGUUUCUAAUAGUCUUCCUAAAACUGAGGAAAUUCAUGUUAUUGAAGAUACUUCAGAACCACCACCUGAAACAUCACCAUAUAGUGAACUAGAUCCAUCGGGCAGUCUUCAUUAUAGCUAUGAAAAUAUAGAGCAACAGUUUGCAUGUGAUUUGCCUGAUAAUAAAGAUAGUGAAUGUGAUGCGGCUGAGGGAGAUGGAGACCUUUUUCUGUCUCAGAGUAGUUUUAGCUUAGUUUUGGAAGGAGAAGAAGGUGAAGCAGAGAUGGGAGAUCCUACAUUAGUAGAUGCUUGUAAACCAGAAGGCACAACAAUGGAGGAAAAACCUGUGACCAAUUUAGGAAAUACUGAAAGCCAAGAACAUGUUACAAACUCAGUGUCCACUGUAACUGGUGAUCAGGAAUCUCAAAAUACUGCAGAGUCAUUCCCAUAUGUGCCUGAACCCAUUAAGGUUGCUAUUGCUGAGAACUUACUGGAUGUUAUCAAAGACACAAGAAGUAAAGAAUUUACAUCUGAAGUUGUAGAACAAUCUAUUCAUGAAACUAUAGGUAAAAAGGUAACUAGAUUCCAGAAGGCAAAAGCUUUCUUAACACCUGUGCCAGAAAGAGUGGAAGAGGAAACCAGCAGACAUCAAGUAGAGUAUGCCAUUGCUCCAAGAACACGCACAAGGGGACAACUGAGUAGAAAUCUAAGUAUUCUGUCAGCAGACCCUCAGCAACUACUGAAGACAGGCACACCAGUUCCAUUUGGACUAUCUCCUCGGAGGAGUACCAGGCGAACAAAAGAAGCAUCUGAGACUUCCAGUCUUCAAACAGAGGAAAAUCUUCAAGAGGAGCAAAUACCUGCAGUGCCUGUUACUCCUAGGAGAGGUAGGAAACCUAAACUGACUCAUUUAGAAAAAACAGAAAGCAGCCAUUCUGAUGGACAAACCUCAUCUGACACUAUGCAGUCCAUAGCUGUUACUCCAAGAAGAAGAUUAAGAAGAGCAAAGGAAACUGCAUCUGAACUCUCAGAAGAGGCUAAUGAGGAAAUGUCUCUUGCUGAAGGUAGCAUUAUUACCUCUUCUACUUCCAAAAGGAUUAGAGGAGGAAAAGCUUCAGCUGGAGAUCCAAAAACUGGUGAGACUGACACUGAUCGUAAGAUAAAACCAGCAGUCAGUCCCAGUAGAAGUGCAAGAAAACCGAAAAGCUUUAAUUCACAGUUUACUGAAAAUACUGUUCAGGAUCAAGAGGUGCAGCCUAGUGACCAACUCCUUUUACCUGUGCCAGCUAAAAGAGGCAGAAGAAGAAAGAUAAGUUCUUCAGAAGUUUCAGAAAGUUCUGAUCUUGAUCUGUCUAAAUCAUCGCUUCCUCAGACAGAAUUUAAACUUCCUGCCACUCCUAGAAGAAGUGCUAGGAAGGGGGCACAAAAUCUUAUGGCAGACACAGAGUCUACCUCUACUCAGGAAGACAUAAAUUCAGGUGGGAAAGUAGAAGUCCUUGGUACUCCUAGGAAAAGAGCUAGAAGAGUGGCACAUGAGAAACCAGAAAAAACGGAUACUCACGAGCAAACACCUGCACAGCCAAGUGAGGAGCCAACCACACCCAGGACUACAGUAAGGACAGGGCGUCGGGGCAGAAAGAGGCGAUCAAGGUCGGAGGAGGCCCUCCCGCAGGGACCUGAUGGCAGUCCUUUGCUGCUUGAAGACAUAAACCCAUCAGGACAUGAUCAAACAUUGAGAGCUCUAACAGAUCGUGUUACAAGAACCAGAUCCCGCAAAACUGCCACGCAUCAGAAACUGACUGUUGAGGAAAAUGAGUCUUUUCAUUUCUCUCCUCCUCUCACAAAGCUGACAAAGAAAUUUGAAGCUGGAAAAGCAGACCAUCCUGUGCAGUUUAAGGAUUUAGACCCGGAUUUGUCUUCUCAGUUUGUCUUUUCACCCCCUCUUUUGAGGUCAAGAAGAAAAGAUGUAUCUAGCAUUUCCCGAAUCGUGAAAGAACCAGAGCUUCCAACUAAAGAGGAGGAGGAUACCAAAUCCAUAGAAUCUGGGGGAAAGCAAAAACUGAAGAGAGCUAGAACUACAAAAUCAAAAAUUAAGAAAACAAGCAAAACCACAAAAGAAUGUUCUUGGUCACCUCCACCUGUGGAAGUAAAAUUCAUCUCUCCUUUUGCAAGUCCAGUAGAUGGAACAAAAAGCAAACAGAAAGAAACCACAGAUGCAGCAGGGAAGACUCUAAGAAAGAACAAAAAAAGACUGUCUAAUUUUCCAAAGCCAGUUUUGCGCCGGAAGAUGCUGUAACUGUUUUUUUAAAGUUUAUAAUGUACACCACUGUUUGUAAAGUCAUCAAAAUUGUGUGAAUUAGUAAAAAGAAGAAAAAUCAUCUAAUUUGGAAGAGAUAAUUUAUAUAAAUUAUUGUAAAAUUUCAUAAAAAAUGGUCUUCAGUAAGUAACUCCAUAUGGAGUGUGAUUUCCUCAGUCAAUGCAGUUUUCUAUUUUAUAUUAAGACUUCAUACAUUUAUAUAAUAUGUAAAUACAGCUUAUUUUAGGAAUGUUAAAUAAAAAUGUAUACUUCACAAUGUGCUUACUGUCUGAUAGCUUUUUGAGGGAAUAUUGGGUUGAAUGACCUGUAUUGCUCAGAACUUUUAAUGUUGGUUUGUGGGAGUUAUAGACCCUCAAAAGUAAUUCUAAAAGCUUUUGAAAGGUUUGUUUAGAAUUCCUAUAACAAGUAAACAUUUUAAACAUACUAGUUUAAAUUUUAGAAAUUAUGUUUGACCUUCAGGUACAAAUAAUUGGACUCGCAAUACAAACUGGUAAUUCCUUAUGUUCACAGUUAAGUUGUACUGUACUGAAGUCAGAAUGUAAACAAUUGUGUUUUAAGCUGUGCAAUAUUUUUUUGUAUUUGUCUUAAACUUUGGGAGAGCUGCUCUUUAGUUCAUAAAACUAGAUCUCACCUCAGAUGUUUUGCGAUUUCUUACAGUUUGUUGUCAGCAAAAAAUUAACUGUAUAGAUGGUGUGAUGCUUACAAUAGCAUAUCAAAUUUGAAGAGAUACUACCCACAUACUUUGAAAUUUGAGCCAAAAUUAUUUUCAUAAUGUUAAUAUGAAUGCUACUAUAAUUGAAAUACUUACUGUCUGUAAACAUAUUUUGCAGUAUUUGAGGCCUGCAUAUCACAGCACUGAAAACUUGAUGGAAAAGCUAAUAUAAUAGUCUGAAAAAGGUACAAAAAUGUACAGAAAUCUUAGUUACAAACCAUAUUUUUGAAUAAUUAUUUCAUUAACAGUCUUUGGUUAAGGAGUAAAUGUCCCUAUAAAGCUUCAAUUUGUAUAAAUAAAGUCACAAACCUAUUCUUUUAAAAGCAGACAUGGAAGUACUAUUUUGAUGUGCAGUCUUUUAGACAAUGGAUUAUUUUUCUGUAUGUUAAUUUAUAUAUGGAUGCAACUUUGAAGACUACAGAAUGGUGGAACCUGAUAUUAAACUUUUCAAUUAGUAAAAACUA